AAUCUUUUGUGGAAGUCCGCGAAGGCAUCAUGGAACAACAGGGAAAAAAGAGGAAGAGCUGCACGUCGUGGCCUCCUGCAUCUUAGCGGUCCGGUCCGGUCCGGUCGCGUAAUGGUCUCGGUGUGUCCAGUCAUUCCAAGAACAGGAUAAAGGUGUCCACGGUGGCGGGGAAACGGGAAUAAAAAAGGCUUUUACACGGAGAGGACUGAAAAAAUGGAGCUGGAAGACGGAGUAGUGUACCAGGACGACCCGGGGACAUCAGCGAUGAUGUCUGAGCGGGUGUCGGGCCUGGCUAACUCCAUUUACCGCGAGUUCGAGCGGCUCAUCGGCAAGUACGACGAGGACGUGGUGAAAGAGCUCAUGCCGCUGGUGGUGGCCGUCUUGGAAAACCUGGACUCGGUGUUCGCGGAGAACCAAGAGCACGAAGUGGAGCUGGAGCUGCUGAAGGAGGACAACGAGCAGCUCAUCACCCAGUACGAGCGCGAGAAAGCGCUACGGAAGCACGCAGAGGAGAAGUUCAUUGAGUUUGAGGACACUCAUGAACAAGACAAGAAGGACCUGCAGAACCAUGUGGACAGAAUGGAAUCCCACUCCAGGCAACUGGAACUCAAGAUCAAGAACUACGCUGACCAGAUCGGCAGGUUAGAAGAGCGCGAGAUGGACCUCAAGAAGGAAUACAACUCCCUCCAUCAGCGCCACACAGAGAUGAUCCAUAAUUAUAUGGAGCAUGUGGAGCGCAUCAAAAUGCAGCAGGCGAGUGAGACGUCUGAGCCGAGCAACGCCGGCCGAGUACGGAGAGACCGUCCUCUUUCAUUGGGCGUCUUUCCAACAUCCGGUGGGGCGUCUCUACUGGUCCCAGACACCCAGGCCCGUGCGGAGACGCCAAGCACGGAGGGCUGGAGGUUCAACGACACAACACAACCUCGGUCCAACUCAAGCCUCCAGCAGGACUUGGCCUACCCCCCAAAGGAAAGGGAGGGUAAGAGUGUGCAAGACUCUACUUGGGGGAGUUCACUGGCUGACGACUGCAAGGAUGAGAUGUCGGACUUCACCGGCUCUCAGUCGGCCACUCCGAUGUCCACAACGGCUUCAGAUGUGGAGCGGGAGGAUGGCGCCAGUAAGAGCACAGAGGUGCAAGCUGCUCCAGGGACCAGGUCCAUAUCCGUUGGUUUACCUGACAAUGAGGACAGCUCAGACGUGCAGAACAUCAUUGAGUCCACGCCCGAGCUGGACAUGGAUCUGACGGGCUACAAGGGAUGCAGCACCCCCACCAAAGGCAUUGAGAACAUGGCGUUUGACCGCAACACAGACUCUCUGUUUGCGGAGCUGUCUUCUGCGGGGACAGGUCUCAUCGGCGACGUGGAUGAAGGUGCUGACCUGCUGGACCUUAGUUUGAUUGGUAUGGGCCGGGAAGUGGAAAACCUCAUUCAGGAGAACUCGCAACUGCUUGAAACAAAGAAUGCCCUGAAUGUGGUGAAUAAAGACUUGAUAUUGAAAGUGGAUGAGCUGACCUGUGAGAAGGAGAUGCUGCAGGGAGAGCUGGAGGCUGUGCUGCAGGCCAAGACCAAGCUGGAGGACAAAAACCGCGAGUUAGAGGAGGAACUGAAAAAAGUGCGAGUUGAGAUGGAUGAGGUGCUGCACAAAACAAAAGAAGAAGAAGAUGGCGACGUACCCACAGCCCAAAGGAAACGCUUCACUCGGGUGGAAAUGGCUCGAGUGUUGAUGGAAAGGAACCAAUACAAAGAGAGACUGAUGGAACUACAGGAAGCGGUGCGGUGGACGGAGAUGAUCCGGGCCUCAAGAGAAAAUCCAGCUCUCACAGAGAAAAAGAAAUCCAGCAUCUGGCAGUUUUUCAGCAGACUCUUUAGCUCCUCCUCCAGCAACCCUGCCAUCAAGAAGAUGGAGCCUCAGUCCAACGUCAAAUACAACGCCCCAGGCAGCCUGGUGAAACGAAGCAGCACAUUCUCUCAGUUCCCCACGGAGAAGUCCAAAACCUUCGACUUCCUCAAUGAAGACAAAGACCAGUGCAGUUCACCAUCUCGCAAGGAGCAGAAGCGAGCCCAGUACAGACAGGUGAAAGCUCACAUGCAGAAGGACGAUGGAAGGGUCACUGCGCACGGCUGGAGUCUGCCCAGCAAGUACAAGGGGACAAACGGUGGACAAACAGAGAACAAAAUGAACCUACCCGUGCCCGUAUAUUUGAGACCUUUGGAACAGAAAGAUGCUUCCAUGAAGCUGUGGUGUGCUGCGGGGGUCAACCUUUCCGGGGGCAGGACGUCUCCCCCGUCUGAGCUCCCAAAGCAGAUGAAGGGAUCUCAGAGUAGCCUGGACCAUUUGGAGCAAGAAAACAAGGAUCAAGAGAAAGUCGAGCGGAGGGAGGAGCUGAUUGUUCAGGAUGAAAUGUCUAGCCGGGUGUGGGUGUGCACCAGCACACACUCCUCCACCAAGGUCUUGGUGGUGGAUGCUGCUCAGCCGUCGGAUCUGAUUGACAGCUUCUACGCCUGCAACACCCACAUCGUCUGCAUUGCCAGCGUGCCAGGUGUGUCGGAGUCAGAUUACCCAGCAGGCGAGGAGGUACCCCAAGACGCGGAUGCAAGCCAGGGUGACGUGGUGUCACUUGCCGGCAGUGUGGCCAGCGUGGGCUCAACGGGCAGCGACAGCACCCUGGCGGCAGAGGGGACCACCGCCAUACCCCAGACGGCCAGCGUAGGUGUGCUUGACCAGCCAGCGGAGCACAGCGCCAUCUCUAGCUUAGCUGAGCUGUCUCGGCAGACCAGCCCAGCAGAGGUUCCCACUGCAGAAGAGGCGACGGAAGCAACUGAGGCGAAUGCUGGCGUGAGUGAAGAGGGAGACGAGGACCAGGAAGUGGAUCAAACCCAGCCUGGAAUCUACACAGAGCAUGUUUUCACUGACCCAUUGGGAGUAGGGCCCACUGAGGCAUCUCCUGCCAACAUCCACAUUGACUCUGCAACAUCCUUGCCAGAUGACUCGGAUCCCUCAAUUCUGGAGGUCAAGAGGAUGAGCAGCGCCCUCCCCACCAUGUGGCUGGGAGCCCAGAAUGGAUGUCUGUAUGUGCACUCAUCGGUGGCGCGGUGGAGGAAGUGUCUUCAUGCCAUCAAGCUUAAAGACUCCAUCCUCAGCAUAGUGCAUGUGAAAGGCAGAGUCCUGGUAGCGCUGGCGGAUGGGACUUUGGCAAUUUUCCACAGAGGCAUUGAAGGUCAGUGGGACCUUACAAAUUACCACCUGCUGGAUCUGGGACGGCCCCACCACUCAAUCCGCUGCAUGACCGUGGUCCACGACAAGGUGUGGUGCGGCUACAGGAACAAGAUCUACGUCAUCCAGCCCAAAGCCAUGAGGAUAGAGAAGUCGUUUGACGCACACCCACGCAAGGAGAGCCAGGUCCGCCAGCUUGCCUGGGUUGGAGAUGGUAUCUGGGUGUCCAUCCGACUUGAUUCGACCCUUAGAUUGUUUCACGCUCACACCUACCAGCACCUCCAGGAUGUGGACAUCGAGCCUUACGUCAGCAAGAUGCUCGGUACGGGGAAGCUGGGCUUCUCUUUUGUGAGAAUCACAGCUCUCGUGGUGUCCUGCAGUCGACUCUGGGUGGGGACCGGAAAUGGUGUCAUCAUUUCUAUUCCGUUAUCUGAAGCCAACAAGACGUUGGGAAAUGCGCCAAAUAGGCCCGGUGGCGCCGUGCGGGUCUACAGCGACGACGGAGCAGACGGCGUCCUGCCAGCUAGCUUUGUGCCGUACUGCUCCAUGGCCCACGCCCAGCUCUGUUUCCACGGACAUCGAGAUGCUGUCAAGUUUUUUGUCACCGUGCCAGGUCAGGCAAUGCCGCCUCCAGGGACGGCCGAUUCAGGCUCUGAUGACCCUGCAUCGGAAUCCUCGGACACGGCAGCCUCGGAGCCCAAAACGUACCUGGUGAUGAGUGGAGGGGAGGGCUACAUUGACUUCAGAAUGGGUGACGAAAGCGGAGAGCUGGACUGCGUGUCCGAACCGACGUCCGGCCAGCAGUCAGCACCGACCAAGGCCGAGCGGAGCCACCUCAUCGUCUGGCAGGUGGCGACCUCCGUCGAUUGAAGCACUACCGCACGUGGACCACCACUUCAGCGCCACCACCACCACUCCCGGCCCGCAUGCGCGACUUCAGUUUUUGAAAAUAUUCCCUUAUUGAGUCACUACUUUGUCAGAAAAACCCAACAAACAUUAUUUUAUAAUUAGCGUUUUGUACAGUAUAUUCCUCAUGGAAAUCGGGAUGUGUGCGUCCAAGGGGUUGGAGACAUGAGGCCGAGUAGCGUGGACAUUUCACGCCGGUGGAGGCAUUUCUGCAGACGUGGAACAAAAAAAAGGGAGAAGCAAGUUGUUAAUUUUAUCUAGGGUAUUAUUUCGUAUUAUACAUAGGACUUUAACAUUUCUAUAACACAAGUCUCAGUGUCAGAGCUCAGGUGUGUGUGUGCGUGUGUGUGUGUGUGUGUGUGUGUGUCUUUUGUCACAUUUCCACCAAGUAGUACGGCUCAGGUCACUGCAAGAUGUGUUCUUCCCCUUCCAAAGUGACAGUUAGGUACUGCAAUGCCAUUUUGGCAUCCUCUACUACUUUUGUCCAAACUGUACUGCUCGUCUGUCACCAUACAACAUACCGUAGUCGUAUGCAAACGUCUGGCCACCCCCAACACUUUCCAUUACUUUCAUGAAUAAAUGAAUGGAUAUUUCAUUUUGAUAUAUCACAUAACUCAUGGACGCAGUAGCGUUUCAGAAGUGAAGUGAGGUUUAUUGGAUUCACACAAGAUUAGCAUCAGUCCGUCCAUCCAUCCGUCCGUCCGUCCAUCCGUCCAUCCAUCUUCUACCGCCUAUCCGAGGUUGGCUUGCGGGGGCAGUAGCCUAAGAAGGGAAGCCCAGACUUCCCUCUCCCCGGCCACUUCGUCCAGCUCCUCGCGGCAAAUCCUGAGACGUUCCCAGGCCAGUUGAGAGACAUAUUUUGUCUACUAUAUUGGCUAAUAGCAGUGGAAAGGUGACUAUAGGGGUGUUAUUUCAUGUCUAGAGGGCUCCAAUAUGUCCCGGGUCUUCCCCGAGGCCUCGUACCGGUCGGACGUGCCCUGAACACCUCCCCAGGGAGGCGUCCGGGAGGCAUCCGGCCCAGAUGUCCAAGCCAUCUCACCUGGCUCCUCUCAACGCGGAGGAGCAGAGUUUCUCCCGGAUGACGGUGCUUCUCACCUUCCUGCUAAGGAGAGCGCAGCCACCCUAUGGAGAAAUCUCAUUUUCUCGUCCUUUGGUCACUACCCAAAGCUCAUGACUGUAGGCCAGGGUAGGAACGCAGAUGGACUGGUAAGCUAUGCAAUAUGCAUCAAAACAAAAUUAGACAGGUGCAGAAAUGUGGGCACCCCUGUCUUCCUGCUGAUUUGAAUACCUCUAUCGACCUAGCACUGCUUAAUUGGAACACAAGAUGGGUUUUGGAGCUCAUUAAGCCUUGACUUUCACAGCUCGAUGCAUCCAGUCAUCGAAUCAAAGGUGUUCAAGGUGGCCACGUGCAAGUUGGUUUUCUCUUUGACUCGAGACGGGCAACAUCAUGGGGUCCUCAAAACAGUUGUCACAUGACCUGAAAAUGAAUGCUGAUGAUGGAUAUUGUCAGGGGUGCCCAAACUUUUGCUUCCCACCGUAUCUACCAAUCAUAUAAUUAGUGAUGUACAUACUGGACAUAUCAUUGAAACCAGGGAUGACAUAACCAUUGUUGGUUGGAUCGGCUAAACUCAUAUGUUGAACCAGCUGAGGCUAAAUGGAUGGCAGUACUCGUCUGCAACCAGCAGAGGCGCUGUUGAUGUGUAAAUGAAUCUAAGAAUAUCUAGAAAUGCAGCAAUUGCAAUAAUUCCUCACCACUUCCCGGCUUCACUCUAUCACGGUUUUUGAAAAAAUAUCAAUUAAUAAACCACGUUUCUUUGCGUUUGAUGUUCAUUAGGCCAAAACUACAUAUUUAAGCACAUUUUAUGUCAUUGUUUUGCUGAAAUGAAGCAUUUUCAAGCAUAAAAAUGGCUAAAGGAAGUAAAAUACAAAUAUAAGGCAUUCAGAAGAAGCAUUGAAAGAUGUGGUGUUAAGUGUUGCAGCUGUAACCCACACCGAGAUAAAACUCAACCCUGAACCCCCAACUUACAGCAACACAUACGAGCAUGAGUCUUAUUUAUGUCUUAUUUUCUCUUAUUUUGUCUACUAUAUUGGCUAAUAGCAGUGGAAAGGUGACUAUAGGGGUGUUAUUUCAUGUCUAGAGGGCUCUAAUAAUGUUAAAAAGCGUAUUUAGAAGGCCACACACGGGUUUUCUCUGCUCAUGCAACACUGAAAACAUAUUCCAUUUGUAAAUAAGGAAUCUGACACUGGUGGAACCAAUUAACUGUGCUAAAUGAGGGAUUACUGUAAUUGAUUCAUCAACAGCUAAUGAGGGACGUGUCACCAAAUGCCUGCCCCCAAUUGAAACACGGCUAAGUCCGAUCUAGAAGUUCGAAAAGCAUCAGUGCGCUCGGCGUGUCGCACCCAAAAGUGCUUUCUAAUCUAGCUGAAGCUUUUUCAUGAACAGGCUCCUUCCUUGCUUUGGGUUUACUUCCGGGAUGCUUGCUAGUCAGCGUUUAUAAGUGAACUGUUACCGUGUGCGUGUGCGUGUGCAUGUGUGUGUGUGUGUAUGUGCAAAAUUGCGAUGUUUCCAUUUGUGUGAGAGGAUUUUGGUGCUUUCUCUUCCUGUUUUGUUGGCACUUUAUCAUGUUAGAUGGAUUUCAAGGCGCGGCACGGGGAGCUCUGCCCUCAGAGAAUAUAAUGCGGUCCAGGCCUCCCCUGCACCCCAAAAAACAGAAUUUGUACUGUGCAUUUUGCCCAGACUCCCACUUUGGGAACUAGAAAUCUCUUCAUGUAGUUUUUGGCAUAACCCAAGUUAGCUUUGCAGGUGGAUUUUCUUUAUUUUUCUCAAGCUGCUGCACCUCCCAUGUUGAAAAUCUUUGGAUUAGAUAGUUGCUUGGACAGAAACACCAAUACACACUGCAGCUCAUGUGUGCCAAAAAUGUGUGGGGCUCCUGUCCAGUCAAUAUUUUCUCAUGAAAUGCACUCAAGACUCAACAUUCCCUUCUGUCGUGAGGAAUGAUUGCCAUUAUUUGUUCUUGCUUUGGGCAUCGUUUGUUGUUUUGAAAUCCGUCGUUUACAUUUGGAAGUAUUGAACUGUAAAAAUGCUUGCAUUCAAAAUGCCGACUGGUCUUUUUACCAUUCCAGUAUUUAUUUGCGUCGCAACAAGAGCCUACCUUGGUUCAGAAUGUAACUUUUUAGGAAAGUGGGCUUUUUGGGCGAUGAGUUGACGUGAUUGUUGAUGUGAAAGCAGUAAAAGAAUGCUGUUGGCAAACCACACCUUCAGUGUUUGCUGAGUCAGCAAGUAAGAGUUGGGUGUACGAAGCUAUGCAUGUUUUUUAAGACAACACUGCAACGUGAGUGGAUCUUUGCAUCUUUGGUGCCACCGUGUUUUGGGGUGGAAUGGAUGUCUUUGUGUGCGCGUGUGGUUUUGAAAGCAAAAAGCAUUCGUCCGUGUGUGUGUGUGUGUGUGUGUGUGCGUGUGUGCGUGUGUGUGACUUUUUUUUGCCGUGUGUGUGUGUGCUUUGUGUGUUUCAAUUUAUUGAAAAAAAAAAAUCCGGAUGACAUAAGAGUCCUCCUGGUCAGUGUUUGCGAAAUGAACAUCAUAGCCUUAUUUUUAACAAUCUAUUAAACUCAAUUUCACCAAAAUCUUCUUCAUGUUUCUUCUUUGUAUGUUUUCUUAUGUUGAUACGCUGCAUCACUGCAAUGCAACAUGGACAACUGGAACCUGCUGGGAGACAGAUGGACAUCAUAUUAUACACGUGCAUCAGAACCAACAUGUCCAAAUGCAGGGGGGCACUUUUGUAUUUUUAACCUCGUGUUUAUUCAUGAAUGCGACAGGGAAUUAGGGCCACAUUGAAAAAUAAAUAAAUACAUCUGCGAUUUCGAGAAUAAAGUCGUAAUAUUACAAGAAUAAAGUCGUAAAUUGAUGAGAAAAUGUAAAUUUACAAGAAAAAAGUGUAAUAUUAUGACAAAGUCCUAAAUUUACAAGGAAAAAAGUCAUCAUAUUACAAGAAUAAAGUCAUAAAAUUACUAGAAAAAAGUGUACAUUUACAAGAGAAAAAGUCGGAGAUUUACGUGAAAAAAAGUCUGAACAUUACAAGAACAAAGUCGGAAAUUUACGAGAAAAAAAGUUGUAAUAUUAUGAGAAUAAUGUCCUAAAUUUAUGAGAAAAAAAUGUAAACUUACAAGAAAAAAUAGUGGUAAUAUUUCAAGAAUAAAAGUCAUACAUUUCCGAGAAUGAAGUCGUAAAUUUACAAGAAAAAAGUUGUAAUAUUAUGAGAAUAAAGUCACCAGUUUUUUCUCGUAAAUUUACAACCUUAUUCUUGAAAUCUCUGAUGAUUUUAAUAUGCCGUCGUAACAGGCAUUGCCUGAGACAGCUAUAACUUAUGUGACCUUUGACCUUGUGCAAAAGUAAUAUGACUUUUUUUCUUGUCAAUUUACAACUUUUUUUUCUCAUAAACCUACGUCUUUAUUCUCGAAAUCUGAGAUUUCGAGAAAUCAUUUCUAUGUAGCCCUCAAGCUCCGUCGUAAAUGAACGUGUAUUCAUUAUUAUAUGAUGAAAAUCCAAUGUUGUUUGUUUUGUCUUUAUUUUUAUUUUCCCUGCGUAGCAAUAAAAUUGGUAGAAAAAAGGAAAGAAAAUUGUCUACUAAUUAAGUAUAAUUUUAAAUGUACCUAUGUAGUUAUUAAAUGUAUUAUUUAUUUGAAUUAUUUCUCUACACAUAAGUCAUUACAGUUAUUUUAUUCAUUCAAUGGCAUUUUA